UUAGGUGAUAAGAAUGCUCUCAGUCACUACCUCCACUACCACUGCUGCCACUGCUACCUCUGUUGCCGUCCUCUCUCUCCGUAGGGUUCAUGGAGAAGGUCUCCGCGGUAGCAGAGUCAGAGGAACUCACCGUGGAGGAGCGCAACCUUCUCUCCGUCACCUACAAGAACGUGAUCGGCACUGGUAAGGCUUCCUGGCGAAUUAUCUCCUCGAUCAAGCAAAAUGAGGAGAGUUGCGGCAACGAGGACCACGUCUCCACCAUCAGGGAUUACAGAUCUAAGAUCGAGUUGGAGCUAUCGUCGAUCUACGACGGCAUUCUCAAGCUCCUCAACUCCAUGCCUAUACCAACGGCUUCCUUUGGAGACUCCAAAGUGUUUUACAUGAAAAUGAAGAGCGAUUACCAUCGCUACCUCACUGAGUUCAAGACCGUGGCCGCGCGCAAGGAAUCUGCCGAAAGCACCCUCACUGCCUACAAAGCAGCUCAGAUCCCACAGAUCCGCGAUCCAGAUCCAGAUCAUCACAGAUUUGAAGAAUUAUGGUUUUUUUUCGUUGAUCUAGGGUGGUAUUGUUGAUGAUGAUUUGGAUAUUUGUCUUUUUUUUUUUGUUCUUCUUGUUGAUUGCAAUAGAUAAAAAAUGAGUU